UAGAACGAGAAGCUGGAAGUAAAACAGAAAUGGGCCUCGCGGCUUUUAGGAAAAUUACGAAAGGAUAUCACGCAAGAAUAUCGAGAAGACUUUGUAUUGAGUAUUACGGGAAAGAGACCAGCGAUGUGCGUUCUAAGCAAUCCUGAUCAAAAGGGUAAAAUGCGUCGAAUCGAUUGUCUUCGUCAAGCAGACAAGGUAUGGAGGUUGGACCUAGUUAUGGUGAUUCUUUUCAAGGCAAUUCCAUUGGAAUCGACGGACGGGGAACGACUUGAAAAAACUGCAGAAUGCGCGCAGCCGGGACUUUGCGUCAAUCCUUAUCAUAUUAACGUUUCUGUCCGGGAACUAGAUCUCUAUCUCGCCAAUUUUAUCACGAGUCACGAAGUACUGAAUGGCAUCUGCAACGCUAAUAAGGAGGAGGACAGACGUCGUAAAGGUACAGGAUAUCAUGAACUAUAUAAUGGUGUCGUCUGCAAUGAUACGAUCCUUGCAACAGGUGUCUUCAGCUCCAAAGAGCUCUGGAUGCUUUCAAAAGCGUCCAUACUGCAUGACCUCAGCGACAUGCAGCCUCAAAUAAACGCGAUCAAAAUAGAGCACCCACCAUACUACUGCAGCAGUUACACCCCACCAUCCGCAGCCACGACUGCGGAUCACGUUCAGCCGGCAGCUAGCUUCAGUCCACCGCCGGUUCAUCAACUAAUAAGGAACGAUAAGACUGAGAAGCCGCCGACUGUAACGGUUUCGAGUGCACCGACAUUUUCAUCGGUUCUCAGGCCGGAAGACGGACACCGUGGAAUAGAAUCUCCGCAUUCGCAAACCGUGGACACAAUGAGGACGGAAUUUAUUUCAACUGCUGGCAACAGAUCAAGAUUAUAUGGGACUCAUAAACGAGUUUAAACAGCGAUAACAGAACGAAACUUUGUUGUUAUAAAAAAUAUUAUAAUACCAUCAGCUUUACCAUAUCUUACGGAGCAAAAUCAAUAAUGCUAGCGUAUAAAGAAGAAGAGGAAAAUUCCAACGAAAAUCUUCGAAAAGAAGAGCACACGCAUGAUUCAAUUCCACCGGCGAAGAAAUGAAGAAUUACGCAGUGGUAAUACAGAAAACUAUCUUUCUCGGACAUCAAACCAAACUUGUAAAGUGCGUUGAUGUGCGUUUAAAAUAAUUAGAAUUUUUAUCUGAUAACAAGUGUG